AUGACGGUGACGCACCGGAAACGAAAUUACCAGCCAGAAGAGAUUCAAACCGUCAAUGAGCCUGGCUUGCAGAUCUCGUGCGAUGGCUGCGCCUGCGACCUCACCCACUCCGUGCGAAUAGUAUGCGCCGACCCCGUCUGCGAGAACGGCGACGACCGUGUAGACAUAUGUCCUUCCUGCUUCUGUAGCGGGAAGGAGUUCGGGGAUCACAAAAGAGACCAUGCUUAUCGGGUCGUGGAAUUACACUCGUAUCCAAUAUUUGAUGAGGACUGGGGUGCCGAUGAGGAGCUCCUGUUGCUCGAGGGGAUAACCAUGCAAGGCCUCGGCAACUGGCAAGCGAUCUCGGAGCAUGUCGGGACAAGAACGAAAGAGGAGGUAGAAAAGCACUACUACUCUAUCUACAUCGAGUCGCCCAAUUGGCCCCUUCCUCGCAUGGACGUCAACUUCGACAUCGACCCUGCCGAGUUUCAGGAACGCAAGCGGCGUCGAAUAUCUUCCAUGACGACCAGUGCCCCGCCACCCCAUAAAGUCGCGCCUGUCUCCGCCCCAGGCGUACAUGAGGUCGCAACCUUCCUUCCCGGUCGACUCGAGUUCGAGCACGAGCUCGACAACGAUGCCGAAGAUCUGGUUAAGGACCUGGAGUUCGGCAUCUGUCUGGAAUGGGGUGGGGAUCAGAUUCCCGAGGACGAGAAUGAUCAGGACGUGAAGGCGCGGGCGAAGUGGGCGGAGGAGACGAAAGCAGCUAUGCAGGCGAAGGACGCGUUCCCCGGAAAGCGGUUACUCAAUGGACUAGUCAACGGCUACCACUCGAAUGGAGACACACCACGACGCGAUAUGAGCUCGAAGCCGGACGAUAAGAAGGACGAUGCGGAGGAUGACGGCGACGAGCUGACUCAGCCCCCACCCUUCGAAACGCAAGAGUCUCUCGCUUUCAAGCUCGCCCUGUUGGAGUCGUAUUAUCAGCGCGUCGACAAGCGACUCGAGGCCAAGAGUAUCAUGUUCGACAGAGGGCUUCUUAACUACAAACAGAUGCAAGCGGCAGACAAGAAGCGAGCCAAAGAAGAGAAGGACAUCCUCCACCGACUGCGGCCGUUCGCCCGUCUGCAGACCGCGGAUGACUUCGAGCAUUUUCAGGCCGAUAUCCUUUACGAACACAUGCUUCGAAAGCGCAUCCAAGAACUGCAGCACUACCGACGCAUGGGCCUCCGCACUCCUGCGGAUAUCGAGAAGUAUGAAGCCGAUCUUGUAAAGCGGACUCAUCCCCCCGACAAGGCCAACGCGAAGGCAAACAUGGCCGCACGCGACUACUACUCAGAACGCAGGCUGGCUGGCGGACGCGCCUCCAGCGGCCCUGAUCCGCGUCGCAUCGGCGUGGACGGCGACCUCGAACGAGAAGCGACGCCGAAGCUUAGCGCCUCAGGCGUCUCCGGGACGGGUCCCCCUGCGCGGAAAAUGCCUGCCCCGCUCAACCUCGCCAACAGCCCCGCCCUGCACCUCCUCACGCCUGAAGAGCAGACUCUCUGCUCUCAGCUCCGCAUCCUGCCGAAACCUUACCUCGUCAUCAAAGAGACGCUCGUACGCGAGUAUGCCCGGCGCGGCGGGAAGCUACGGCGGCGCGAGGCGCGCGACCUCGUCAAGAUCGAUGUGAACAAGACGAGCCGCGUGUGGGACUUCCUCGUCCAGGCCGGCUUCCUCAAGGUCGGCUCCAUGGACGUCCCCGCCACCGCUGCUGCGGCUACUGCCGCGGGCAACACCGGCGCCGCUGCGGGGGGUAGUGGUCUCGGCGAUGCGAGGCGACCGUCCGCUACGCCAUCGCUGAGCGCGUCGCCGAGCAAAGACUCAAUGGCGCGCGUCUCGCCUCGACCGCCGCCAUUCACUACCGUACCCCUUGGCUCGAACAUAUCCGCCUCCUCGAGUUUGCAGGGCAACCUACCUACACAGUCCUUCCCUGGAUCCAGCUGA